ACUUAUACCAGGCAUUUCGCUACCCUUCUCAAACGGCAAGUGUCCUGACUUUCCUAACUCAGCUUAGGAGAAAAUCAGGGGGAAAAGGACACACAUUCACGCCGAAUUAAAGCCGCGUCUUAAUGCCGAAUCGGCGUAUGGAUACUACUGGCGCCAUGCAAAAAUAGUUCCUGAGUGUUGGCGACAUCCCGUCGCCAGUAAACAGAAGCCGAAAUUUUUGUUCAAAUAUUUUAUAAACAAGUGUAAAAUUGUGGGGUGUUUAUAUUCGACAAUGCCCGGAAUUUUCCUCUCCCACAAUUAAUUGCCUGUGUAUCUAUUUGAACCUGAGUUUCGUUUUCUGGAAGACCUUGCUUCACCACCAUGUCUGAUCCUGCUAUUAUGGACACUGAUGAUGGGGACUCUGGGUCAGGAGGACCCAUGUCCUCACUCAACUCCCUCUUCUCUUUCACGAGUCCUGCUGUGAAAAAGCUCUUGGGUUGGAAGCAAGGAGACGAAGAAGAGAAAUGGGCAGAGAAAGCUGUCGAUGCCCUUGUCAAAAAGUUGAAGAAACAAAAAGGUGCCAUAGAAGAACUUGAGAAAGCCUUGAGCUCCCCUGGUUCGGACAGUAAAUGUGUGACAAUACCAAGAAGCUUGGAUGGUAGACUACAGGUUUCCCACCGCAAGGGACUGCCGCAUGUAAUUUAUUGCAGAGUGUGGCGCUGGCCUGACCUUCAAUCACACCAUGAGUUGAAGCCCUUGGAGCAUUGCCAAUACCCAUUUUCUGCUAAGCAGAAAGAGGUGUGCAUCAACCCAUACCACUACAAAAGAGUUGAAAGCCCAGUUUUGCCCCCUGUCCUUGUUCCGCGACACAGUGAGUUUGCUCCUGGGCACUCACUCCUACCGUUCCAGCAAAUCCCUGAGCCAGCCAUGCCUCACAACGUGUCAUACUCAUCAAUGGGAUUUAACUCAUCCAGCUCACAUGGUGCACCUAAUCCUGGAUCUCCACUGAGCAGUGUACCAAGUCCAGCUAGCUCAGGUGGGGCACCUCACAGCCCUUUUGGGAGUAAUGGCUUGCCAGAAGAAACCCCUCCUCCUGCCUACAGCCCGUCAGAGGACAGCCAACAUGGCACCAACAAUGCAGAGCAAGCUAUGGAUGUCACUAAAAUGAGUGCUGAAGUUGCUCCUGUAUCCUAUCAGGAACCAACCUAUUGGGCCAGUAUAGCAUAUUAUGAGCUAAAUUGUAGAGUUGGAGAAGUUUUCCAUUGCCAAGCACAUUCAGUGACGGUCGAUGGGUUCACCAACCCUAGCAACAACUUUGACAGGUUUUGUCUUGGGCAGCUCUCAAAUGUUAAUAGAAAUUCAACUAUUGAAAAUACAAGGAGGCAUAUUGGCAAAGGAGUGCACCUAUAUUAUGUGGGAGGCGAAGUUUAUGCUGAAUGCAUGUCAGACAGUGCCAUAUUUGUUCAGUCUCGGAACUGCAACCAUCAUCAUGGCUUUCAUCCAAGCACAGUAUGCAAAAUCCCCCCAUCAUGUUCCCUGAAGAUCUUCAACAAUCAAGAGUUUGCUCAAUUGUUGUCCCAAAGUGUAAACCAUGGCUUUGAAGCAGUAUAUGAGCUAACUAAAAUGUGCACUAUUCGGAUGUCAUUCGUGAAAGGCUGGGGUGCCGAGUAUCAUCGGCAAGAUGUAACCAGUACUCCCUGUUGGAUUGAGGUGCACCUUCAUGGACCUUUACAAUGGUUGGACAAAGUAUUGACUCAAAUGGGAGCACCCCACAAUGCAAUUUCAUCUGUGUCGUGAAACUUGAGUGCCUGCUCUUUUCAAAUGGCCUUGGACAAAUGAGUUUAAGAAUGUGCUUUGUGUGUUGUGAUAGUCUACUAGAGUGGAAUGUUGUGGUGAACAUUUUAUGAUUGUUUGAUGCCCUGUUAAUGCUUUUUGACGCUACACUUUAUGUACUUGCUUGCAUAAUUUUAAACUUGAAGCAAUUCUAUGCGCAGUAGGUUUUCCCCAUCACAAUCUUGCAAGCUGCUUAGAGUUCUGACCGAAAUUGGACUUUAUUCUAUUUCAUCAUCAGCUGUAAAGGUUCAUUUUGUAAGUCAUAGAUGUCCAUUAUUUCUUGGAAAUUAGGGACAUUAGAAUCUACAGUUCUUUUAGACUUGCCCUCAAAUGUUAAAAAAUAUUCCUUCUGAACAAAAGAAGGAGAGAACAAUCGUAGCAGCUGUUUAUUUGACUAUCCAUCCAUUUUACCUACUUAACUGACUUAGCAUCCGUCUUGCUAUGAAUGUUUUUCAGCUGACUUGAAGUAAAUGGUAAAUCGAAACAAAAUAUUGCUUAAGUCCAUUUUUAAUGACCAUUUGGAGGUAUUAAUAUUUUUGUAUGACUCUUACAUGCUGUGGUUUUUCCACAAUUUGUAUCUUGAGCCGAACAGAAAAAUUUCCUGCUAAAUUAAAAUUUUGUCAAUGGCAACUUUUCCAUGACUAUUAACUUGGCUUGCACAACUGUUAGGUUAAAUUUUUGUUUGAGGUCAAAUGAAAUAUCCAGAUUUCUCUCUAUUAUCUAAUAGUGUGACAACAUAAAUUUUUCUCUAACUAUGAAUGGAAUGUGAAGAUAUGUAUAAAUAAUGCUGUGCCAAAUUAUAUUCUGUUACAGUUAAGCAACACAUGUAGUUUAUUGUUCUGUCAGAUAUUUUGGAAAGUUAUUGCUCAUGAAGUAGAUAUUCUUCUAGUCUAUGGAAUGUGGACCCAUGGGUUGGUACUUACAGUACCCUCUAGAAUUUAUAGCAGUGUCAAAUUUUUCCAUAGAAUUUUUCAACUUCAUGUUGCCUGUAUUGAAGUAUUUCUAAAUCUUGGUUUCAUUAUGCUUUGUUGGAAAAAUCAGGUGAAACUUCUAUUUCUUGUUGACAUUUUGGAUUUUGUGUAAAUGUUCUGUGUACUGUUGUGCACAGCAUCUCAGUUUACCCUUUUUAAGAAAAAACAAAGGUCUGUUCUAUUGACAGAUUGAUGCACUGAUUAAUGUCGGUACCUAAAGACAUGAAGCUUGUUACUGUAUUUGCUGCAGCACUUAAUUGUAAAGAAGUUAAAAUAUUUUGGUAACCUUAUUUACAACCUGCACAACAAAUAAAUGCCUUAAUGCUCUGGUUUUAUGGUACCACAGCUGUCCAAUGAAGCAUUGUACUGCACAAUUGCUACAUUUUUACUAGAGUUACUGCUGACAACUGCUGACUGUUUAUAUUCUAUUUUGAUGGUGUUGCCUUUAAAUUUUUGCAUGUUUUACAAGUGCCAUGGCCUAGUCUACAUUAGCAUGUUAUUUUGCUACUGUUAACAGUAGUUUUGCUAGUUGCUAUAUUAAUGUGUAAUGAGUGAAACUUAAUUUUCUCUUGUCUUAAAAAAAUUUAGAAAGAAAAAGAUCAAAACAGCAACUUUGUUUAUCUUUGCAUUCAACUAAAUGCGGUUACAGGAAAGCUAAGUUUGUAACUUUUUGUAGUAGAGUUGUCUUGUCAUUCCAUUAUAUAUGUAUGUGGCUUAAAGUGUGUGUCUAAUUUGUAUCCUUUUAUAACGGAUGUGAUGUGUUGCCUUAUGUUAAAAGUGAGGGUAAACUGUGUUAGAUAAUAAUUUUGAAUCUUUCGUGUGAGUUUGACCUGGGCCUAGAAACUUACAGAGACCAUUCAUAACCUAUUAUGUCCAUGUAAUCGUAUACCUUGACUUUAAUUCUCAGGUUUGCUGUAUUGCUGUGAUUUCACAGAUAAUAGCUACCUAAGCUGUGUGUCAGAUGUACUUUUUGUCUAAAGUACUCUUCAUGCUCAAAAUUUCACUUAUUAUUGGACUUCUUUUCUAGUUAAGUGAAAUGUGCAGUUACAUUUAAAGGCAUUCAUGUGUGAUUUGACUUAUUUAACAAUAUCUGAGAACUGAAAUGGUGUUUAUGCCACUUAUUACUAAAUGUUAGAAGUAGAAGUAAAUUUUGUGUUCGAAAUGGAUGAACCAAAUGUGUGGGUAAAUUUUAAUCUUAAAGUAUAAGUAUUGAUCUCUUAUGGUUUAUGCAGGACUGAUGUGUGAUGUGUGAUUGGAGCUAGAAAGAGCGGUGGUGCGUGUCUUUCAUAUAAAACGAAAAUAAUUUCUAGCAUGAUUGUGCAAGUGUUUAAGAGUUUCAAUAUUUGUGUGAAUUCUGUUGUUUUGUUUUUUUCAAACGGUGUCUGUUGCGUUGUGUAAAUUUUACUUGACUCUAUAUUUCUUUUUUUUUUAUUGGUUUCUCAAAUCAGCCAUCAAGUUCUGUCACUCAGAGUCUGCAUUUUGGCUCAAAGUAACCUUUUUUUUUUUUAUGUUAUGUUGUAUCACUAGAAAUUUUUUUUCUAUUUUAUCUUUGCUUGAAAUAGCUCUCUUCCUAUACUGUUUUCUGUUUUACUAGAGGAUUUCUGUUAUGUUACUCAAGAUCUAUAUAGACAACCUGGCCGUGUGAGGUUGUGAUUUUGCCAGCCUUUUUUCGUGACUUAAUUUAUGAACUGGAAAUUGCAUUGCAUAUGCAGUGAUAUUCUCAGUAAGUUAGGUUUGUAUGCUGGUUUUUUUAAGAAACUGAACCUUGUUGGCCUCAUUGAAAAUUCUUCUUUAUUAAUGUUUUUAUUCUUCAAUUGCAUUAUUUUUUAUGUUGUUUUAUUGCUGUCACCACUCAAAUUUUCUAAUGUUUCACGGCAUUUAAAUUCUAACUUAAUGUUCGAUCAGUUGCAGAUUUAUGUAUGAACUGUUGCUGUCUGAUAUAAUACUAAUUGCCCUGUCUGGUAAAUUUCAAGUACUUCUAUAUUUGUUUGGGUCAUUUUCUCAUUGCAGAUUGAAGACCUGAGUUUUAGCUAUUCCUACUAUUUCGAUCACUUGCAGGGGUUUAUUGAUGGAUGAUUUUACGGUCGUUAUUAAUUAUGUGCUGUGAAGUAGAACUUUUAUGAUUUUUAUUUUGCCAUUUGUUUCAUAAGAGUUUUAUGAAUUUAAUUAAAGUGUGUGUUUAUGAAUGUAUCACCAAUAAAGGGGGUGAAUCAUGUUAAUCCUUAAUGUUGCUGUGAAGCUAAUGGGGAUCAAUCGAGUUAGGCAACUUGUCUUCAGAUUCCCUAGAUUAGUGUUCUCAUGAGUAUUGAUGUGGAGUAUUGAAAGUAAAAUCAGUUGUAUAUAAACUGUAGUUUAGUGAAUGUAUGAUUAUGAAUGUUUUUCAUUUGAGCGCUUAUUGUGUUGGUGCUUUACCCUUGAAAUUGUGUGGUUCUAGAUUGUUUCUUCCAUGCUUUCUUCCUGUGAAAAUCCUAAAGGGUUGAGAUGUAAAUAAGAAAAGUUUGUGACAUUUCUCUUGCUGAGAAACUUUGAUUCCUCCUAUGUGCCAGUUUUUAGAGUGUAGUGGAUGCUUGUUGCAUCAUCAAUGAAUAUGUACUGGUUUUCAUUCAGGGUUCGUUCCCAAUUGGUUGUGUGGGCCAUCUGUAUUACAGAAUGGUUUGGCCACCAACCUUUCCUGCUUGUCCGGCUACACCUUGUACAAAAUAAAAAUUCUUAAAAGAA